GCAGGAUGGCAUAGUAAAUCCAACAGUAAGAAAAGAUUUGAAAACCGUACCGAAAUUCUACUGUUGUCCAAUUGAAGGAUGCCCCAGAGGCCCUGACAGACCAUUUUCUCAAUUUUCUCUCGUAAAACAGCACUUUAUGAAAAUGCACGCCGAGAAGAAGCAUAAGUGUAGUAAGUGCAGCAACUCCUACGGCACCGAGUGGGACUUGAAAAGGCACGCCGAGGACUGCGGCAAGACCUUCCAGUGCACGUGCGGCUGUCCCUACGCCAGCAGGACCGCCUUGCAGUCCCACAUCUACCGGACGGGCCACGAGAUCCCCGCAGAGCACAGGGACCCACCUAGUAAGAAAAGGAAACUGGAAAACUGCCUGCACAGCCAGAAGCCAUCCGGCAAGACCACUGAGUCACCGAGCAGCCAGCCGGCUCCGAGAGCAGACACUCAAGAAUUAGAGACCUCAGAGAUAAAGCUAGCCACUUCUUUCGAAGACUCUUGCCACUCGAAUGCCGGAAAGCAGACUCUUACAACACAUCCAAGAUACCCUCAGAAGUUGCUUUUACCCAAGCCCAGAGUGGCUCUGGUUAAACUUCCUGUUCUGCAGUUUUCUCCCACGCCUGUCUUUGUGCCUACAGCUGACCCCUCGGCCCAGCCCGUGGUGCUGGGCGUCGACCAACAGGGCUCCGCCCCGGGCGCCGUGCACAUCCUGCCCCUGUCGGUCGGAACCCUGAUCUUCGGCCUGGAUUCAGAGGCUGGCUGUCUGAAGGAGAGUCUCCCUCUUUCCAAAAUUGUAAAUCCUGUUGCUCUGGAGCCAAUUAGCACAGGGGUCCAGGUGGACUUGGGCAAGAGCCUGUCUAACCCUUUACAAGAACUGGGAAACCCAUGUCCGAAGAACGGCAUUUCUUCGAUCAACGUCCAGACGGACCUGUCGUACGCCACGCAGCAGUUCGUACCUUCCGCGCAGUGGGCCGGCCCAGACUCCUCCGUGUCUUCCUGUUCGCAGACAGACUUGACGUUUGGUUCUCAAGUCUCCCUUCCCAUCAGUGUUCACACUCAAACAUUCUUACCCAGUUCCAAGGUAACCUCUUCCAUAGCUGCUCAGACUGAUACGUUCACGGAUGCCUGUUACCCAUCGGGCGGGGUCUCCAGAGAAACCCAGACCAGUGGGAUGCAGGGUCUGACAGACGACCGAGUCCAGAUGGACCAAGCUGUGAUGUGUGGAGACAUUUUCGAGAGCGUCCAUUCAUCCUACGGUGUUGCCACAGACGCCAUUAUAAGCAGCAGCUUAGUAGCAGAGACGGUCCCUCAUGGUUUGUUACCUCAGAACCACCCUAAGACUUUAAAUCAAGAUCUUGAGAAAUCGGCACCAAUUAUAAACUUCAGUGCACCGCACGGUAUGCUCCCUUCACAGAACAUGACAGAUAAUCAGACCCAAACUAUCGAUUUAUUAAGUGACUUAGAAAACAUCUUGUCAAGUAACCUGCCUGGCCAGACACUGGACAGUCGUCUUCUGUCUGACACGAACACUGGAUCUGACGCCCAGCUCCCGUCUGGCCCGGCCCAGAAUCCCGCCAUUGAUUUUGAUAUCGAGGAGUUCUUUUCCGCCUCAAAUAUCCAGACUCAAACCGAAGAGAGCGAGCUUAACACCAUGACCACUGAGCCUGUCUUGGAAUCGCUGGACAUAGAGACCCAGACUGACUUCUUCCUCGCAGACCCCUCUGCCCAGCCCUAUAGCUGUAGGGGAAAUUCGAACUUCUUAGGCCUUGAAAUGUUUGACACGCAGACACAGACAGACCUAAACUUCUUUUUGGACAGCAGUCCCCACCUGCCUCUGGGAAGCAUUCUGAAACACUCCAGCUUUUCCAUGAGUACGGAUUCAUCGGACACCGAGACCCAGACCGAAGGGACCUCCGCCGCCAAAAGCACCCCUGCCGUAGAGAGCAAAGUUCAGCUGAACAGCACAGAAACACAGACCAUGAGUUCUGGCUUUGAGGCCCUGGGGAGCUUGUUCUUCACCAGCAACGAAACCCAAACGGCAAUGGACGACUUUCUCCUGGCCGAUUUGGCCUGGAACACCAUGGAGUCUCAGUUCAGCUCUGUAGAAACCCAGACGUGUGCAGAACUACACACGGUCUCCGACUUCUGAAAAUGCAGUCAGCGCGUGGGUCGGCCUUUACGGUUUCCUUCCGGGUCAGCGAACGGAGGCGGGACAACAGUGUUAGCACCACUGAAUGUAGUUACUGAUGCAUUUACAGGGGUCCUUGAAGUUCUCUGCCUUUUGUACUUGUAAACAUGAGAUUUGUGUAUAAACGUAAGUGUAUCAUAAAGUGUAAGAUGUUGACCUAAAAUGAUUGUUUCUGUGUUGCCUCCAUUUGCCCUCUCACAGUUAGUCUUCCCGUCUUAAAAAAACAGUCGUGUUCACACCUUUAAAACCCAUCUAGCCAUUAGCUGAAGCCACGCUUACCAAUUACUAGGGUACAGACUUUUCAGAUCCGCAAAACAUUUCCGUUGAAAUGUGACUCACUUCACUUAAAUUGCACCUAAAAUGUCGGACGGUGCUGAAGAGAACUUCCUGUUUCCUGAUAGUAAAUCUCAAGAACUCGGACGCCAUGCCGCACAUUUAAGCACGAGUGCUUACGUGGCGUGGGACUCCUGCCACCUGCCUUGACAUCUCCCUGUUUUCUGACUUGGAGACAAAAGGAAAACCACAGCUGUCUUUAGCUUUUGAGAGCAUCUUCCUGUCACCAGUGCCAUUCUUCCUCUAAAGAAACUAGUAGUGGUCCCAACGUAAGUGUACAGCGCUUUCCUCACAAGACACGUUUCUGUCCAAUUACCGCUUCAAGAAGUAGCGGCAGGCACCCAGUGUAAAUAGUGAUCCUUCCCGUCUAAGUGACCGUCCGUCACCCCAGCUGCGGAACGCUGCGGCAUGGAGUCCUGCCCCCCAGCUCACCCUGGAGGGUGCCCUGUGAACACCCCUCCCGCUCUCCCCAGUAGGCGAGGUGGGGCGGGGGGGCCCCAGAGCUGCUUCUCAGAGUGCAUCCAUAGGCUGAAUCUGAGCUUUGUCUUUCUAAAUGUUAAAAAAAAAAAAUACUGGAAAGAGAAAAGGACACAUUUCCCCAUAAAUUUCAGUACUUUAUGUAAGUUUGAAUAGGGCAAGAGUGCAAUCCAUGAUUGUUGAGUGAAUCUUUUCAUCCACCUCUCAUCCCUUCCUUGAAUAAGGACAGACAUUGGCCCAGCAAGGGUAGUAUUUGUGCCUUGAGGACAGUACAGAACAGACCCACCUGAACUAUGGUAUUCCCCAUUUUGUGCAGACGGCAGUGCCAAACAGUCUUCAAGGAAGAUGAAGACCAGUUACUUGCGUAAUCGAGAACAUCCACGUUUUUAGACGGGAGCAUGGCCAGAUAUGCUCCGGAGGUUUUCUGUGUUGAGGAAAUCAGGAAUUCUUAAUUGUUGGCCAACUUUGAGUCAAGGAAAAAUCGGUGCAGCCCAUAAGUUUUCUAAGUUUACUUAAGGAAAAAAGUUCCUUCUGUGGCACAUGCUUACACGCUGCUGAAGACUAAAUCCUCAAAAUAAAACCUAACGAGUGGACUAAUAGCUCAUUAAAUGGAUGAUUUUCGUACUAAUUCCUAUCCCAUAGAAUACUUGGUAGUGAAUCCGUAACCUUGCCUGGAUGGAUUAACCUGGUAGAUAAAAGUUUGCUUUGGUCACAGUGGCCUAUGAAUAUGGGUUUCAGAACAGACAUAAAGCCUUAACUUAGAAUUUCAUUAUGUUUUAGAAUUGUCACUGCCUUAAUGUUCAAACAUUUAUUUAAGUUCUCCUGGUCAGGGAGAAAUGCAUGUUCGUUUCUGGCUUUUUGUAAAUACAAAUGCAGUGAUCCUUUGGCUUUGAAAAACGUUUGUUGUUGUUGCUGCUGUGAAAAUGUCUGUUAAUCCAGCCAGUAGAGUUACUUACAGAAAAAUGGAGCAUGUCCUGGUCCUUCCCGUACAAGUAAGAACUGUUUCCCUCCCAGACCUUAGUUCCCUGAAUCGUCUUCGGAUUAUUCGUAAAAACUGAAAUUCUGUGAUUAAAGACAAGUGAGAAUUCUA